AUGAGCGAGCGCAAGGGCAUCUACUUUGGCGCCAUUGACGCUGGCACCAGUGACAUGGUGCCUAGUAGUGUGCGAAAUAGCGGCGGAGGUUCCGGUAUGGCCAGUAACUUGGAGGCAGCCAUCCGCGCAGGCAACGUGAACGUGUCGGACAACGUGGAGACGGAAGUGCUGGAAUUGUCAGAGAGCAGUCGCGCUGCACAGGAGAAACACGCGCAUUUGUUGCGUCGUAUUGAAGCAGAGAAGCGGGCACGUAAUAUUGUAGUGCCUACAAUUGUAGAAGUAGUGAUUCGACGGCUGCGACAGCUUGGCGAGCCGAUUACGUUGUUUGGAGAACGACCGGCGGAUCGUCGUGAACGAUUGCGCGAGAUUCUGUCUCGACUAGAACUAGAAGCAGAAGAGACGGGCUUUGUGCAUCAGGUGCUAGCGGAUAUUCAACAGCAGGGUUUUGGAGCAGAUGCAGGGGUAGAGAAGACUGCAGGAAAAGGAAAGACUGCGCUUGACAAUGUGACAAAGUUAGAGGAGAACCAGUUAUUCUAUGUGCCUAUUCAAAACGACAGACUUAAGAACGUGCGUGCUGCUAUAUUUUCACACGCUUCGAGGGUGGUAGGGGCACGACUGAAGCGGGAGCGACAGGAGAGGAAUAGGAGUCCGGAAGAACGGGCCCGGACGGUUGACCAUCACGCUGCAGAGCUGUAUACUACGGCACUAAAAAUGGCAAACAUUGCUAGCCAAAAUGGCGAUGUCAGACCAUUGUCUAGUGUGAGGUAUUCAGCUGAUGGUGCUCAUGUGGCCACUGGCUCGUGGAGUAGUCUUGUCAAGAUCUGGGACGCAACGAGUGCUAAUGAGGUGAAAGUCUUUCGUGGGCAUGAAGACCGUAUUACUGGAGUGGCUUGGCACCCGAGCUACACACUUUCUGAGAUGACGGAUGGCGCAGAUUCUGUAUGUCUGUGCAGUGGGUCAGCUGAUGGUACUGCUCGGCUCUGGAGUGCGGCUCGCAAUGAGCCCUUGGCUGUGUUGCGGGGUCACAAGGCGCGACUGGGUAAGGUAGCUUUUCAUCCGCUCGGCAACUACGUUGGUACAACAAGCUUCGAUCACACAUGGCGACUUUGGGACGUUGCCACAGCAAAAGAACUGCUUUUGCAGGAAGGUCACUACAAGGAAGUUUACGCCAUUGCAUUCCAGAAAGAUGGUGCGCUUGUAGCAACAGGAGAUUUGAACGGCAAUGGACGAGUGUGGGACCUACGUUCCGGCAAAGCCAUCUUGCCGCUGCAGGGGCAUUCUAAGCAGAUUUUGUCGAUGGACUUUGCUGCUAACGGUGUGCAGAUUGCAUCGGGUAGUGAUGACCGAAGUGUUCGCAUUUGGGAUUUAAGACAGCAGAAGUGUUCGUACAUGAUCCCUGCCCACAACAACUUGGUGAGCGAUGUCCGCUUCUCGCCUGGAUCGAGUGAGCUAUUGCUGAGUGCGUCAUACGACUCGUCCAUUAAGCUUUGGCGAACGCGUGACUGGAAACUAAUGACUACGUUGCGUGGGCAUGAUGGCAAGGUCAUGUCUGCUGACUUCGGUCCUGACGAGAAGCAUGUUGUGUCCUGUGGCUUCGACCGUACCUUUAAGCUUUGGGCCCACGAGAAUGAGUUCUAA